AUGCACUCCUCCUCAUCCGCGUCUUCCGUCGCUGCCUCCGCAUCACCCUCGCCCUCCAUGUGCCAUUCGCACAAGUUGUCCGCUACACCCACGGUCCUCCACUCUGUCACCAAGGUAGACAGUGACGAACAUCCCUUCGCGAACUUCAGCUCUCCGCAAUGCUGCCACUGCGGUUGGCGCGGGGCUCACUCUCCUACAUGCCCCUUCCGCAGGCACUAG